UAAUAGCCGCGGUUGCUGUUAGUGCAGUGAUAUUGCUGAUCAUCUUAAUUGUCAUAGUCAUCUAUUGUUAUAAAAAGUCACGGAAAAGGAAAUUGGCAUCACUGUUACAAACCGACAUGUCAAAAAAGAUGGGCGACAGACAACCCUUGAACGAGUCAAUAGAUAAUGAGGAUGCAACUUCCAAUGACGUUACACCAGAAACGUGUUCAACCGAGAGAACAUCAUCGACUGCUAAACGCACAGAUGCUAAAAAAUCUCAAAAAGAAAAGCGCAAAUCAGAAAUGGAACAACAAACUUCAAAAAUCGUCAAAGAUUCCCCAUAUAAUGAAAAGCAGACGUGUGAAAAGAAGAAAGAUUCAAAUCUUGAAAUAAUUCUGGAAGAAGAUGACUAUAAACAAAUGAAUAAUGUUAAAACAAACGAUACCGGGACAUUAUGUCUUGACGAUGAUCGAAUCAUUAUUGAUGCUGACAAAUUUCUAGAAACGUCCAAAUAUGAUACAAAACAAAGAAGUAAAGGAAAGGUUAUAUUUCUCGAAGACAAUGAACAUUUCAGAGACCAAAAUAUGGAAUCUUACAAAGUCGAUGAGGAUGUUAAAACAGCGGAUCAAUCACAGAAUGUGAAUGUAAAGUCUAUUUACUCUACACGAAUAGAGAGGUCUUUACAAAUAUUAAAUGAAAAAGAGGCAGACAAGCCAGAAAAUGAACAAAAUAAAGAUGGUGUGUUUGAUUCAGCACAAAUGUCAAGAGUGAAGAAAGAGACGAGAGAGACAGAUACUAUAUCCCAGAAUGAAGCGGUGGUUACAAAAGAUAAUGAUGUGGAGAGUAGCUAUCCGAGUAAGGAUAUUCAGGAGAGGGACACAGUGGAAACAGACACAGAUAGAAUAUGUAAAGCGUCUGGACAUCAUAAAGAUCAAAAAGUAAGAAGUGAAAACGAGGUUGAAACUAACAAGACCCUGGCUUUAGCGAAAAACAAAACAAACUUGAGAAAGAGUAUUUCCGAGAAACAUAAAAAGAAGGAACUACAUGUAAAUGUAAAAUCAUUCAAUGAUGAAAAAAUUGAUAACAAUAAAGAAGGGAAGAUAAAAGAAAAUAUAAAAAGUGAGAAGAUAGCAGUAAUAAACACUGGACAAUCAGGAGAAGCGGAUAAUCUAAUUGUGGUACCUCAGUUACCCACGGAUGGAAUCAAAUGUAUGGACCAAGAAACACCAGAAAAUCAUUCUUCGUUGGAAUUGUUAAGGUGUGGUGAACAGGAACAAUUCCUGGACAAGAGAUUAUCAACUCCUGCAGUGGAGACAACUUUUGACCAAGAGCAAGAUGUACAUACUGAGAAACAGAAGAGGACUGGGAAGAAGAAGAAACACGAAUUAAAGGAUGACCCCCAUAAAUCUAUCAUGGUCAAAACUGAGGACAGUACCACGCAUAGGAAGAAAAAAACAGGGAAAGUAAAAAUAGGAAAAAGCAAAGGAAAAUCUAAAGGUCGUAAAGAAUUGUCAAAGAUAAAGGAUCAAGAGAGCAGUUCUGUUGACCCAAACAAAGGGAUCAAAAUGAAUGAAGUGCCUUAUGUAAACGGCCUUUUUAAUAAUGAAAACGAGAGACGAUCAGAAGAUUUGCAGGAAAUUAAUUCCGUCAACGAAAACCAACUAACAGCUGUUCAAGCAUGGGCAAGCGUAGAUAUGGAAACGGAUAAUACGCACAAAUUCAAUGACAGAGAUAGCAAUCUUACAUAUGAUGAAGAUAAAGAGACAAAUAUAGAUACAUAUGUGGGAAAUGAAGACGGGAAUCUUAACAAGAUGGACUCUGAAGAACUGCUGGAAUUAAGACCCUUGAGCUCACUGGCUCCACUGUCUACACUUAUGAGAGAAGAAACUUCGUCCUCAUUCAUAUAUCAUAAUUACAAGACUGUACAAAAGUCAGCGGAAUUUGAAAUUUAUCAUAGACAUGAUUCCCCAGCUUUGAAAACAACAGGAUUGAAAGGAUCAGAAGAUUCAUCUUCUUUAACAAAGGUGGACGAAUCGUUGUCUUCCUUGCGAAUUCUAGACAUUGAACAGUAAAAUACCCAAAGGAUUGUCCAAAUCAUAUAAUUGGCACACGAUGGCAGAAUUAUUUCUGUGAAUUUUUGUUAUUCAUUUUGAGGGAAACAUUUUUUAUUCUUUUUGUGUAAAAUGUGACAUGUAGUUUUAUUCUGUAGCAAUGGAACAUCUUAAUUAAAGGUUUUGUUUUAAAAUUAGUUCCUGGGUGGUUUUUAAUAUUUUAGAUUGUCAUCUCAUUUAUCGAUUUGCGAUUCCUUCGGAAUGACUUCCAGUUGUUUGAUGUAUAUGUUAUGUCAAGAUGUCCACUUAAUCAAACAAUAAUUCCUCUUUAUGAUCGAUUUGCAGAUUAAAGUGACCCAAUUAAGUACAUACAUUAUUUUUAGUGU